AUGCUCACGCAUGGGCUCGCCCUUAAUUCUUAUGCCCAACACCAGCAAACGGGCAAGCCCAAGUUGAAAAGCGAGCAUUGUUGGUCUAAAAGUCAGGAAGCUCGAGUAGUAAAACAUGUAGACAAUCAACAAAAAUGUGAAAUUGAUGUGCCCUGGAUAAGGCCUCUUCUUCGGCAUCGGUUUCAGGCAGGAGAAACUGAGGUUCCGCAGACGCAUUUGCCGUUUUCGGCUCCUCAAAUGCCAAAAAUGAUUAAUUCUAAUGAAGAUUCACACAGAGUAGCUCAUCUACCGCAUGUAAAGAAACCGGCAGAGUAUGUCUUGCUGACCACAGAAGAUCAUUUUGGACAACCAAACAAGAAACAUUCAAACAAAAGUCCCAAAGCAGAGGCCGAGGUUGGCGUGUUUCCAUCAGAUCUACCUUCGGAAUCGACCGAGAUGUACAGAACUGCUUUAGUGAUGUCUUCCGACAGCCAUGAAGGUUGUUAA